AUGUCGACGAACCGACCCUUCCUGGCGAACUUCCUAGCCGCCUUUCGCGCCCAGUCCACCUACAAAGCAUCAACCGCGGGCUCCCAAUCCGCCACCGGCUCCUCGUCUCUCUCCCCGUCCCAAAUCUCACAAGGCGCCCGGGCGAUAGCUACAAAGGCCGCCUCUUCAGCGUCAGCAUCGUCAGCAUCAUCUCCGUCCGCGUCCGCAUCCGCAACUGCCCAGCCGACAUCUGAAACACAUCACUACCACCACCAUCACCACCAACCGUCACGACCACACUCCCACACCCGCACACCGUUGAACUCGCACCCACACCAGCCUGCAGCAGAUUACUCGUCACCUUCUUCACCGCCGAGUUCUUCAUCAACGCCCAUACCUAUCACGAACACCCAAGACCGCCAGCGCCGCGGAAGCGAUAGCUCCUCCGGCUCAGGCGGGUUCCGGGACGCCCUUGGCCCUGAGAAAUGGUAUAUCGGUGGGCGAACCGCGGCCGGCGAAGAGAGAUUUUACCGGCUGGGGAUGGUGACGAAGGGCGGUGGACGGUUAGGAGGAAGUGGGAGGGUUGGAAGCAUUGAUCAGUUGAGUUUGUGA